AGUCCCCUGUUAACUGCAGGAAACUGAAGCAAAAUAGUCUUGUGACCAUGAAGCUUCUAAGCAGGGAUCCGCGGCUGAUCUGUGAGCUUGCAUUUCGUCCCCUAGCCUUAGUUUUCUGGAGUAUUCUCGGGGCCAAAGCACUGAACAACGGCUUGGCGCGGACUCCUACUAUGGGCUGGCUGCACUGGGAACGUUUCAUGUGCAACCUCGACUGCCAAGAAGAGCCUGAUGCCUGCAUCAGUGAGCAACUGUUCAUGCAGAUGGCGGAGCUCAUGGUCUCUGAUGGCUGGAAGGACGCAGGUUAUGAAUACCUCUGCAUAGAUGACUGUUGGAUGGCUCCUGAAAGGGACUCAAAGGGCCGACUUCAGGCAGAUCCCCAGCGCUUUCCUAAUGGAAUCCAGCACCUAGCUAAUUAUGUCCACAGCAAAGGAUUGAAGCUAGGAAUUUAUGCAGAUGUUGGGAAUAAGACCUGUGCAGGUUUCCCUGGGAGUUUUGGGUACUAUGACACUGAUGCCCAGACAUUUGCUGACUGGGGUGUAGAUCUGCUUAAAUUUGACGGUUGCCACUGUGACAGUGUGACAUCCUUGGCAGAUGGUUAUAAGUAUAUGUCCUUGGCCUUGAAUAGGACUGGCAGAAGCAUUGUAUACUCCUGUGAGUGGCCUCUUUAUUUGAAGCCCUUUCAUAAGCCCAAUUAUACAGAUAUCCAAUAUUACUGCAAUCACUGGAGAAAUUUUGAUGAUGUUUAUGAUUCCUGGGAAAGCAUAAAGAAUAUCUUGGCCUGGACAACAACUAACCAGAAGGAGAUUGUUGACGUCGCUGGACCAGGGGGUUGGAAUGACCCAGAUAUGUUAGUUAUUGGCAACUUUGGCCUGAGUUGGGACCAGCAGGUAACUCAGAUGGCCCUCUGGGCUAUCAUGGCAGCUCCUCUACUCAUGUCCAAUGAUCUCCGGCAAAUCAGCCCUCAAGCCAAAGCCCUCCUUCAGAAUAAGGAUGUAAUUGCUGUCAACCAAGACCCCUUGGGCAAGCAGGGGUACUGUUUUAGAAAGGAAAACAACAUUGAGGUUUGGGAACGACCACUCUCAAAUUUAGCCUGGGCUGUGGCUGUGAGAAACCUGCAGGAAAUUGGUGGACCUCGUUUCUACAGCAUCCAGGUGGCUUCCCUGGGUCAUGGAAUAGCCUGCCAUCCUGGUUGCAUCAUCACACAGCUCCUCCCUGAGAAAGUAAAGCUAGGCUUCUAUGAAUGGACCGUAACCUUAAAAACUCGAAUAAAUCCCUCGGGCACUGUUCUGCUUCGACUAGACCAUAACUAAAGGCAGGCAUGUACAUUAAAUGGCCAGUUUUGCCAAGGA